AUGGCCCCUCAUCCACAACCUGAACCUAUCGCCAUUGUAGGCAGCAGCUGCCGCUUCCCUGGAGGCUCUAGCUCCCCAUCCCGCCUCUGGCAGCUCCUGUCCAACCCGCAGGAUGUCUCGAAAGAGAUCCCAGAGGACCGCUUUGAGCUGCAAGGCUUUUACCACCCCAAGGGCGCCCACCAUGGGACAACCAAUGUCCAGCGCGCCUACACGCUGGACGAGGAUGUGCGCAUCUUCGACGCCGGCUUCUUCAACAUCAGCCCCAAUGAGGCCGACUCCAUGGAUCCGCAACAGCGGCUGCUCAUGGAAGUCGUCUACGAGGCGCUCGAAUCCGGAGGCCAUCCCUUGGAGGAGCUCCGAGGCUCCGACACUGCAGUCUUUGUCGGGACUAUGUCGGUCGAUUAUAACGAUAUCCUCAUUCGGGAUCUAGAGAGCACCCCGACCUAUUUCUCUACUGGUACCUCGCGUGCGAUCCUUGCCAAUCGGAUCUCUUAUUGCUUUGAUUGGCAUGGCCCGUCGAUGACCAUCGACACGGCAUGCUCGUCGAGUAUGGUUGCUUUGCAUCAGAGUGUGAAGGCUUUGCGGGCGGGCGAAGCGCGGGUCGCUGUUGCAGGAGGCACGGAGUUGUUGUUAGGGCCUGAGCAAUUUGUGGGGGAAAGCAAGAUGAACCUUCUCUCGCCAACCGGGCGAUCGCGCAUGUGGGACGCCGAUGCCGACGGCUAUGCACGCGGCGAUGGUGUCGCAGCCGUCAUCUUGAAGCGACUGAGUGAUGCCAUCGCCGAUGGAGACCACAUCGAGAGUAUUAUCCGCGACACCGGGGUCAACCAAGACGGUAAGUCAACCGGGCUGACAGUCCCCAGCUCUGAGGCCCAAGCAGCCCUCAUCCGCAGCACAUAUGCCCGGGCGGGUCUGGACCUCAGCAAUCCCGACGACUGGCCGCAAUUCUUCGAGGCGCAUGGGACCGGAACCAAGGUUGGCGAUCCUCGCGAGGCUGCGGCCAUCAGUGGCUGUUUUGGCAGUCAGCCCAUCCACGGCAAUCCGCUGUAUGUCGGCUCGAUCAAAACGAUCAUCGGCCAUACUGAGGGGACGGCCGGGUUAGCCGGUGUGUUGAAGGCGUCGCUGGCGAUUCAACACGGUGUGAUCCCGCCCAAUAUGUUGCUCAACCGGUUGAAUCCCGAUGUAAAGCAGUACUACACAAAUCUGCAAAUCCCGACCUCCCCGAUACAGUGGCCGGUAUUACCGGCGGGAGUGCCGCGGCGAGCCAGUGUGAAUAGCUUUGGUUUUGGAGGUACAAAUGGCCAUGCAAUCAUUGAGGGAUACGAGCCAAAGGCAAGUAACUUCGAUGAUGAACAGCAGCAGCCAGUAGCACCAGUAACUUCAUUCGUCUUCUCGGCUACGACGGAGGAGAGCUUAGUCGCUCUCCUUCAAUCGUACUCGAACUAUCUAAAGAUCAAUCCGACCAUCGACCUCCACAGCCUCGCCUGGACAUUACAAUCUCGUCGGUCAGCCUUUGCUUACAAGACUGCCGUGGCCGCCUCCACCAUAGAUGGCCUCGUCUCCCGUCUGGAAAGCAAAGUAAAGCAGGCAAAGAGCACACCACCGACUCCAGCCGGCGUGCGCUCGAUGCCAGCGACUCCGCACCUGCUCGGGGUCUUCACUGGCCAGGGAGCACAGUGGCCAACAAUGGGUGCUCACUUGAUCCAAAUCUCCGCUACUGUGCGUGCGAAACUGGAGCAACUGGAUCACUCUCUCGCAACGCUGCCGGAAGCCGACCGUCCCUCCUGGCGGAUUGCGGAUCAGCUCCUGGCUCCAAAGGGGGAAUCUCGCCUCGGCGAGGCGGCCCUCUCCCAGCCCCUGUGCACCGCAGUGCAAGUGGUCCUAGUUGAUCUCUUGCGCAGCGCAGGAAUCACGUUCGACGCGGUGGUGGGCCACUCCUCCGGCGAGAUUGGCGCAGCCUACGCGGCUGGCUUCAUUUCCGCCGCCGACGCCAUUCGUAUCGCCUACUAUCGUGGCGUGCACGCUAAGCUGGCGCAGGGACGGACAGGCCAGAAGGGCGCGAUGCUGGCGGUCGGAACCUCUUGGGAAGACGCUCAGGAAUUGAUUGACCUGCCCGCGUUUGAGGGCAAAAUCCGCAUCGCUGCGCAUAACUCGGCCGCCAGCUUGACGCUCUCCGGGGAUGCUGAUGCCAUUGCGCAUGCCAAACGCGUCUUUGACGAGGAGAAGAAAUUUGCACGGCUUUUGCUAGUGGACACUGCGUAUCACUCACAUCACAUGCUGCCGUGCAGUGGACCGUAUAUUGAGUCCCUGCGGGCGUGUCGGAUUCAGGUGAACAAGGACCGCGAUUCUUCGUGCACCUGGUUCUCGAGUGUGCGGGCCGAUGGCAAGCCUAUGGUGGUGGAAGAAGAGCUGCAGGACGUCUAUUGGAGUGACAAUAUGGUCAACACGGUCUUGUUCGCCGAUGCGGUCAAACGUGCCGCCGCCAACGAGUCUCUCAACCUGGCCAUCGAGGUCGGGCCUCAUCCGGCGCUGAAGGGCCCAGCACAACAGAACAUCUCCGACGUGCGCCCUUCCUCCCCACUUCCGUAUACGGGGCUACUAAACCGAGGGAAUAGCGAUGUCGAAGCGUUCUCUGAUGCUCUGGGCUUUGUGUGGACGUAUCUUGGCCCGGGCACGGUAGACUUUCAGUCCUAUACCCAGCUGGUGACCCCAGCAGCGCCAGCGCCAAAGCUUCUUGCUGGGCUACCUUCUUAUCAGUUCAGCCGCGAUCGCGUCCAUUGGCAUGAGUCUCGUCGAGCGAAGAAGAUGCGCCGCCGCGGUGCCGCCUUCCACGAGCUCCUCGGUGUGCCAUCCCCAGACAACACCGACCAGGACCUCCGCUGGACUAACUUCCUCAAGUCCAGCGAGAUCCCUUGGUUGGAUGGACAUAAGCUCCAAGGACAAACCGUCUUCCCCGCGGCAGGGUAUGUGGCUAUGGCGCUGGAAGCCGGCAAAUGGCUGGCCGGGGAUCGGAGUGUGCAGGUGCUGGAAGUCCGCAACCUGACCAUCGAUCGUGCCAUCACCUUCGACGACGGGGCAGGCUUUGCCGUCGAGACCCUGGUGGCUCUGACUGGAAUCAGCCCGAUGAGCGCAGCAAAGAACAACAGCAGUAGCAGCAGCCAAAUGGCCGACUUCGCGGUCUACGCUUGUCCAAACACAGGGUCGCUGGGUCUGGAGUUGGUCUCAAGUGGCCAAGUGCAUAUUGUCUACGGCGCACCAUCCUUCUCAGUACUCGCCUCCACUCCUCUGGAUGACUCUAACAUGACCGCCAUCGACUGUGAACAGUUUUACUCCACCCUUUCAGGUCUGGGGUAUGGCUACAACGGGCCCUUCCAUACCUUGGCCGAGACGAAACGGCGAUUGGGCCAGGCCUCCGCCACCGUAGCCACGUAUGCGUACUCAGAUGACGAGCGGCCCUUGAUUGUCCAUCCGACCAUGCUGGACGUUGCUUUCCAGGCCUCCUUUCUGGCGCAGACCAGCCCCGGCGACGAGCAGCUGUGGUCCCUCCACGUGCCGACCUCCAUCAAGUGCGUCCGGGUCAACCCCGAGCUGUCGGCCUCGCUGCCCACGGCCUCUGUAGAGUUGCCUCUGUCCGCCGUUUUGCAUGAGCCUGAAUCCAUCUCACUCCACAGCAGCGUGGAUGUCUUCACCGAGAACAAACGCGAGACCUUGCUGCAGGUGGAAGGACUGAUUAUGAAGCCCUUCUCCCCUGCCACGGCCGCCGACGAUCGUCCUAUGUUCUCCACUAUGGAGUAUGGUGUCGCGGUCCCCAAUGCAGCUGUAGCUACUGGGCAUGAGCACCCAACUGACAAGGAGGUCGUGCUGGCGGGGGUUUGCGACCGGGUAGCGUAUUAUUAUUUGCGCGCCUGGGAGGCAAAGGCGGGGGAUGAAAAAGAGAGAUUCCGCCAUCUACUAUCCACCUUUGUGGGCGGACAGCAUUCAUCGAUGACAGAAGCGUGGAGCAGCGAUGAGGAAAAGGAUAUCCAGGCGCUGAUCAGCCAGUAUCCCGAGAGCACCUACUUGCAGCUCCUUGCGACUCUGGGAGACAGCUUCUCGACUGAGACCCUAGCUCAGGCUCUCCUCGACGAAUGCUUCAGUCGCGGUGUAGGGUUUGCUCGCGCGAGCGCUGGCCUGGCACGGACAGUGCAGCAGAUCUCUCACCGGUAUCCACAUGCGAAGAUUGUCGAAAUUGGAGCUGGACGCGGUCAUACCACCGAAACUGUGCUCAGUGCCAUCGGUGAUGCAUUCUCGUCCUAUACAUUUACCGAUACCUCCGAUGACAUAUUCGGCACAGUGGCCGAGACCUUCCAGGCCCACGGCAAGAAGAUCGAUUACAAGGCCUUCAAUCCAGCCAAGGCGCCAUCCGCGCAAGGAUUCACAGAGCAUUCCUAUGAUGUCGCCAUCCUCCCCAACAGCCUCUAUACAAGCUCGUCGCUUCAGACAGCACUGGGAAAUAUCCGGCGUCUGCUGAAGCCCGGCGGCUAUCUCGUUGCGUCAGCGAUCACGCACGAGCCGGUUCGGGUCCAGGCCCUGCUAGCCGGCGUCUCGCUAUCAUCAGAUGGUCCGAGGGCAUCUGUCUCAACCUGGCACAGUGCAUUGCGCAACGCUGGAUUCUCUGGAAUUGACACGAUCAGCGCCGAGGCAGAUCGACGAGUGUGGCCCGUCUCCGUUCUCACGGCGCAGGCGAUCAAUGACCGGACCCAGCUGCUGCGGAAACCACUGUCCUCCUUCAAGGGUGGAUUUCGCUUGCAUGAAGUGGUUAUCCUUGCAGGCAAGUCGUGGGAGAGCUCCCGUCUGGCUGAGGAGAUCUCUGACCUGGCGGGACGAUUUUGCGACAAGGUCACGGUACUCGAGGAGCUCCCGACCGACGACGACGAGAUCUCACCCAUGGCGACCUUCAUUUCGCUGCUGGAUCUGAGUGAACCCGUGUUCGAGGAAAUGAGCGAGGAGAAGAUAGAGGGACUGAAGUGCCUGUUCGAGUUGUCCAAGAAUAUCCUCUGGGUUACACACAACGCUCGGGCGGGGAGCCCGUAUCAUUACGCUAGCAUUGGAUUCGGACGCUCGAUCGCGUACGAGAUGCCUCAUUUGAUGUUGCAGUUCCUGGAUCUGGAUGAGGUAGAGGAUGUCGUCGCGAGCUCGCGGGUGAUCACGGAGAGCGUCGUGCGUCUGGCGGCGCUGGUCGAGUGGGAGGACAAGGAGAUGCUUUGGUCCCUGGAACCUGAGUUGUACGUUGAGAAGGGUCAGGUCCUGGUGCCCCGAAUCCGGCCCAACGAUGAGCAGAACGCUCGAAUCAACUCGCUUCGACGCCCAGUAAGCGAGGUUGUUGAUCCUCGUCAAGGUACGGUGCGGGUUGUCCCUCAGGCUGGUGACGGGGCGUCCUUGGUUUUGCGGAAGGAGCCUUGGGAUAGUAGUCCCCUGGCCGUGCAGAUAAGACAGUCCACUUUGCAUGCUCUCGCUGUUACAGGUGAAUCAAUGUUGUUUGUCGGCAUUGGCACCAAGGAGACAACAGGCGAAACGGUCAUUGCCUUGUCUGGCACGAAUGCCUCUCGCAGCGUUCCCUUGGUCUCCCUUCCUAUUGAUAUUGCUGAUCUGGACCAGAGCGCUGGGCUUCUAGCUUCCACGGCCAAUCAUCUUCUCGCGGCAUCAAUUCUGACUUCCAUCCCCACCAACGGCCAUCUGCUCUUGCAUGAACCGUGCCCUGAUGGCUCAUUGGCUUCAGCCUUGGCUUCCCAGGCUGCGGAGAAGAACGUCCGGGUGACUUUCAGUACCAACAGUGCUACCACCGGAGACGCGACGUGGAUCAAGCUGAACCCCUGGACACCGGAGCAUUUGCUCAAGCAGCAAUUGCCAGCGGGACUAACCCAUUUCAUGGACCUCGCGUCUCCGGGGAGUCAGGUCAGGAAGUACCUGCCUUUGGGAUGCAGGCCCAUCAGCGUGCAUGAUCUGGCUCGUGCUCAAGCUACCAAUCAUUCUCCCGGUGACGACAGAACUGCUCUUCUUGAGUCCCUCAAGGGAGCGGUCAGUAGGGCAAUAACAGCUACUGCGACAACAGCCUCGGGGUCCACAGCCCAGACAGCCGUUUUCCCUAGUCAGAUCAGAGACCUAAAGCUUCCGUUCUCUCCCGCCAGCAUCAUCGACUGGACAGUCGAGGCCACUGUACCAGCUGAGGUGCGCCCUCUCGAAGCGACCCGCUACUUCUCGCGAGAUCGGACGUACCUUCUGGUUGGUUUAGCCGGCCAGCUGGGUCAGUCGAUCUGCGAGUGGAUGGCUCGCCAUGGGGCUGGCACGGUCUGCUUGACCAGCCGGAGUGCGAAGGCCGACCCGGAGUGGCAGGCAGCCAUGCAGAAGCUCGGCACGAUGGUUCGAUUUGACGUUCUGGAUGUAACGAAGAGGGAGCAGGUAGAAAAACUUGUCUCCGAGCUCGGCACCACUUGUUCCCCGAUCGCAGGCGUCAUCAACGGUGCAGCAGUCUUCAAUGACAUGCUCUUCUCGGAGAUGUCCCUCGAGGUGAUGGAGCGUGUCACGCAGCCGAAGAUUAUCGGGACCAAGAAUCUGAACGAGGUCUUCGGGACCACACCGCUGGAUUUCUUCGUCGUGCUCUCCUCACUCACCUCGGUGAUCGGCAACAGCGGCCAAACCAACUACACUGCCGCCAACGCGUACAUGACGGGCCUUGUUGGCGAGCGACGGAGCCGGGGACUAACCGGAUCAUCGCUGGAGAUUGGCCGGGUGGCGGGGAUUGGGUAUAUGGAACGGGCAGGCGACAUUGCGCGCGAGCAGCUGAUUCGCUUCGGAUUCAUGGCGAUCUCGGAGACAGAUCUUCAUCAAUUGCUAGCUGAAGCAAUCCAUGCUGGAGCGCCAAGCUCUGCUCUGGCGCCGGUAGUCACCACGGGAUGUCGGACAGCACGCGACGACGAGGAGGUUCCCGUGGCCUGGUUCCACGACCCGCGGUUUUCGCAUAAGGUGAUCGAGGCCCGUGAACAAGGCGCUGUGAGUGAGGGCAAGAAGAGCGCCCUCCCAGUUCAGGAGCAGUUAGCGCAGGCGACGAGCAAGGAUGAGGCGUUCAAGGUCCUCAAGGACUGCUUCGCGGCCAAGUUGGCGAUGAUCUCGCGACUGAGCGAUGAUCAGGUCGGCCACAACAUUCCGCUGGUGGAACUGGGGAUUGACUCCUUGGUUGCGGUCGAGGUUCGGGGUUGGUUCCUCAAGGAGCUCAAGACUGAUAUGCCUGUUCUUAAGGUGCUGGGAGGGGGCUCAGUGGCCGACCUGUGUCAGCAGGCUUUGGAGAAGCUCCCGGAGACUCUGCUGCCAAACCUAGGGGGGUCUGUUGCUGCAUCCCCUGCGACAGUGUCGAAGCCAGCAGCCGCCCCUCCUGCACCUAAGAGCGAAGACUCUAGUGCCUCGUCCGCGGGGCCCUCGUCAGGAAGUCGAUCUCCUUUGGAGACCCCGUCCACACCCCCAGUGGGAGAGGAGGCAAAGCAAGUCAAUCUGUCGGAGGCAGCGGAGAGAGCGGCCAAGUUCCAGGAGGGAAAGCAACCCGAUUCUCCCGCGUAUGUGAAGAGCGAACUCGUAUCGUUUGCCCAGUCGCGCUUCUGGUUCCUGCGUCUGCUCAUUGAAGACCAGACAACCUUCAACGUCUGUUUCUAUUAUCGUAUCACUGGCAACCUCCGCGUAGGAGACCUCGAACGUGCCGUGCGUCUCGUCACCAACCGCCACGAAUCCCUCCGAACGUGCUUUGUGGCCGAUGAAAAGGAAGCGGAUCUCGCGCAUCAGAAGGUCCUCCGUCAAUCGGUGGUCCGGUUGGAGCGAAAGAAGAUUGAUCGGCUUGAAGAAUUGCACGCGGAGUAUGCUGCAAUGAAGACCAUCCCCUUCGACAUCGCCAGCGGGAAGACACUGCGUCUCAUCCUCUUAACCCUGUCACCCACGGAGAACUACCUUCUCUUCAACUACCAUCACAUCCUCAUGGACGGUGUCAGUCUUCAGAACUUCUUGUCGGAUCUGGAGAAGGCAUACCAACGUCAGCCUCUUGGACCGCCGCCUCGCCAGCUGCCAGAUUUCUCUCGGAGCCAACGGGCUGCAUUCCAGCAGGGCAAGAUGAACGAGGAGGUCAUCUACUGGCGCCAGCAAUUCCCUGACGGCCACCACCCGGUCUUGCCGCUGCUGCCUGUGGCCAAGGUGAACACACGUGCGCCAAUGAAAGCCUUCAAUGUGAACCAGGUCCAGUACCGCCUGUCAAAAACCCUAGUGAACCAAGUCAAGGAGCGCGCCAAAGCCCAUCGAUCUACAACCUUCCAUUUCUACCUAGCUGUCUUCCGGGCGAUGCUCUUCCGCUUCACCGAGGCAAAAGACCUGACCAUCGGAAUUGCCGAUGCCAACCGCAAUGACAGUGAUGUUAUGGGCACCAUCGGUCUCCUUUUGAACCUUCUUACCCUACGGUUCGAAAACGAGUCAACCCAGUCCUUCGGAGACUGCCUCGCAGAAUCUCGGGACAAGGCCUACGAGGCGCUGCAUCAUUCCCGCGUCCCGUUCGAUGUGCUUCUGAAGGAGCUCAACGUGCCCCGUUCGGCGUCGUACAGCCCGUUCUUCCAGGCCUUCUUUGACUAUCGCCAAGGCCACCAGGAGAAGCAGCAGUUUGGAAACACGGAACUGGAAAUGGUGGAGCUUCAUCCGGGACGGACGGCGUAUGACAUGACUCUGAAUAUCACGGAUAGCUCUGACAGUGCGCUCAUCCUCUUCCGGACUCAGGCCGGACUGUAUGAUCCGACGGCUACCCAGUUAUUGCUCGAUACAUAUGUCCAUCUUUUGGAAACCUUUGCUGAGAACACAUCCUUGGCUCUGGGAAAUGUGUCUUUGUUCAGUGACGAGCAACGGAAACGCGCAGUGGAUGUUGGACGCGGGCUGGAUCUCAAAUCAGCAUGGCCGGAAACUCUCCCCCUUCGCAUUGACCAGAUUGCUGCUACAAACAGGGACCAGAUUGCUCUCAAGGAUGGCCACGGACGGAUACUAACCUACGCCGUCAUGAUUAACCGCAUCGAGGCCAUCGCCGAGGAACUGCAGAAUUCGGGCGUUCAGGAAGGUCAUCGGGUCCUCGUAUUCGAAGACGCCACGGCAGACUGGCCCUGCUCAAUGCUUGCCAUAAUGCGCCUGGGGGCCGUCUACGUUCCGCUGGAUCUGCGAAACCCUCUGCCGCGUCUGGCUGAUGUCGCCGCCAACUGCGAACCAGCCGCCAUCCUGGUGGACAACACCACGGCCAAGGAUAUUGACCAGGUGAAUGUAACCCAGGCUAAGGUUGUCAAUGUUUCGCACGCCAGUGUGAAGCCCAACAAACGAGUACCCAAUGUUUCGCGCGGUGAUGCGGUGGCCGCCAUCUUGUACACGAGUGGAUCAACCGGUAAACCCAAGGGAAUUGUGGUCAAACAUUCCGGUCUGCGCAACGAGAUUGAGGGCUACACGACCCAGUGGGGCCUACGCGCCGAACGCGCCCUACAGCAAAGCGCCUUCACCUUCAACCAUUCCUCGGAUCAGAUCUAUACGGGCCUGACCAACGGUGGGACUGUGUACAUCGUACCGUGGAGCAAGCGGGGAGAUCCGAUUGAAGUCAGCCAAAUCAUCCAAGAAGAAGGCAUCACUUACACCAAGGCCACCCCAGCAGAAUACGCCUUGUGGCUGGACUAUGGGAACGCCAACCUGCGCAAAGCAACAAACUGGCGCUUUGGCUUUGGAGGGGGUGAAUCGCUGACCCCAGCGCUUCUGCAGCAACUCGCGGCACUGGGCCUGCCGCAACUGCGCUUCUUCAACUCGUAUGGGCCCACGGAGAUCUCCAUCUCAUCCACUAAGAUGGAAAUCGCGUACCGAGAGAAACAGCCUGAAGGUCGCAUUCCGUGUGGAUAUUCGCUGCCGAACUAUGCAGCUUACAUCCUGGAUGAGCAGCAAAACCCCCUCCCCGUUGGCAUGCCUGGAGAGCUGUGGAUUGGCGGUGCAGGAGUGUCGCUGGGGUAUCUGAACAAUCCCGAGCUGACCGACUAUCACUUCUACCCAGAUCCAUAUGCCACCACGGAGUAUCUCGCUCAGGGCUGGACACGGAUGUAUCGGACCGGCGACAUUGCGCACUUGCAGGCUGACGGAGCCAUGGUGUUCCACAGCCGAGUCGCCGGUGACGCACAAGUCAAGAUCCGCGGACUGCGCAUUGAGCUCGGUGACAUCGAAAGCAACAUCGUGAAGGCCUCCGACGGGGCUUUGCGUGAAGCGGUAGUGACUCUUCGCGAUGGCGAUCCUCCUCUGCUGGUGGCUCAUGUCGUCUUUGCCCCGAACCAUAACAUCACUGACACGGAGGCAUUCCUCGACCAUCUCUUGCAGCAUCUGCCCGUCCCGCAGUACAUGGUUCCUGUCAUGGCCAUUCCCCUGGACCGCAUGCCGUUGAGUAACCAUUCCAAGGUUGACCGGAAGGCCCUCAAAGCACUCCCUCUGCCGCGGCGCACCGUGUCCUCUGAUGCAGUGGAUGUCCUCAGCGAGACAAUGCUCCAACUGCGUCGCGUAUGGGAAGAGGUCCUCCACACGGAGGAACUCGGCCUGCAGAUUGUCCCAUCGACCAGCUUCUUCACCAUCGGGGGAAACUCCCUUCUCGUCGUCCGCCUACAAUCCCGCAUCCGACACCUGUUCAACGUGACGGUGCGGCUGGUCGACCUCCUCGAAGCCAGCAGUCUCAGCGCCAUGGCCAAACUGAUCGAAGAAAGCACUACAGUCAACGCAAUCGACUGGAAGCACGAAACCGCACUUCCAGCCGAUGCGACGGCACUCUCUCGCUCCAUUACCUCCGCCCAACACCCCCUCAAAUCCACCGGCUGCGUGAUCCUCGUCACCGGCGCCGCAGGCUUCCUGGGCAAGCAUAUCCUCACCGAACUGAUCUCCCGACCCCACAUCCGGCAAAUCCAUUGUAUUGGCCUCCGCGAAAAGACCCCCGGCACAGCGCGAACCCUCGCCGUGUCCUCCGAGAAGAUCAUCACACAUGCAGGGGACCUCUCCGAUCCAAACCUCGGCCUGUCCGAAUCCACCUUCACCACGUUGGCCCAAGAAGUCGACUCCAUCUUGCACAUGGGCGCCGUCCGCUCCUUCUGGGAUAACUACCACCUGCUACGUGCGAGUAACGUCCUCCCUACCCGGGAACUCGUCAAACUCGCUGCUCCGCGCCAGAUCCCGAUUCACUAUAUCUCUACGGCGGGCGUCCUCCCCGCCAAUGCAGCAGGGACAGAUAGUCUGGUCGCGCAAUCCGUCGCCACCCAUCCGCCCCCGAGCGACGGAUCUCAGGGAUACAUUGCCAGCCGUUGGGUCUGCGAACAACUGCUCCACGCCGCCACAACCCAGCUGCAUAUCCCAACCACCAUCCACCGCUUCGUUCCCGCUCGAUCAUCUCCAGAAGAAUCUACUGUCCCCGCCCUGCAGCACUUCCUCACCUUCAUCGACACCCUCGCCCUGAAACCAGACUUUAGCGGCACGAAGGGUCAUUUCGAGAUGAUUCCCGUGCAUCGCGCAGCGGACUCUCUGGCUAGUGCCUUGAUCCAGGAACCCGCUGCGGACAAGAACGUGGCCCCUCGCUUCGUGCACCAUGAGUGUCCCGUGCGGAUCGACAUUGGGGAGAUGGAACGGUUCAUGGAGCAGGAGAGGGGAGACACCCCGCUGCCGACGAUCCCAUUGCUCAAGUGGAUUGGACAGAUGAAGCGCAACGGGUUGGAGUAUUUUGUCACGAGUCAGGUGUUGAUCAUGGGGGAUGGGGAGGGGUUGGAAUCCCGACGGUAG